UCCUUCACAUGGUGGAAUGGCGGAUCAACAGGCGUGAGUGAUAUAAGAAUCUCUAUACAUCUCUGUCCCUGUUUUAGCCUCUCUGUCCCUGUCAACGUUUUCGGCUAGCAUAUGGUCUUUUAUUCCUUUUCCCCAGUGGAGCGAAGCUACCGACCGUCCCCGAGACGCUACUGAGCUGUCGGAAAAGAAACCGACGAAGUUCGAAAAGGCGCCCGCUCCUUUGCCAGGGCCGCCACCAAGAAGUUACGUAAGGACCAGAGGAAGGUGAUCUUCAAGCGAGCGGAGCAUUAUGUCAAGGAGUAUACCGCCAGAGAGAGAUGGACGGAUACGGAUGAAGAUGAGAGGCAAGGAGUAGAGGCCAACUGUACGUCCCCGAUGAGGCCAAGGUCGUCUUUGUCUCAGAAUAGGAGUAUCAAUGGUGUUAGUCCGAGGGUCCGGAAGAUUCUUCAGCUCCUCCGACUGCGUCAGAUCAACAACGGAGUGUUUGUGAAGGUCAACAAGGCAACGGUCCACAUGCUCAAUUUGGUCGAGUCCUACAUUGCCUGGGGGUACCCCACGGUGAAGACAGCACGAGAACUGAUCUACAAGAGAGGCUACGGGAAGAUCCAGCACCAGCGCGUCCCGCUCUCCCACAACACCGUCAUCGAGAAAGCCCUCGGAAAGUUUGGCAUCAUUUGCAUCGAGGAUCUCCUGCACGAGAUUGUGACGGUGGGCCCGCAUUUCAAGGAGGCAAAUAAUUUUCUGUGGCCGUUCAAAUUGAGCACUGCUCGUGGAGGGUAUCGACAGAAGACGAGGCAUUUCAUCGAGGGCGGUGACCACGGCAACCGGGAAGAGUUGAUCAAUCAACUCGUGCGUAGGAUGAACUGAGACACGCCCACUGAACUUUGACCUGUAGUGCAGUGCAUAACAAUUGUGAUGAUAAGAUAAUGUUCAGUGUCAUUAUAUUAUUAUUACGAGUGAAUGCGGGAGUUUCAAG